CAAAUUAUAGUCCAAGAUGUCCCAUAUAAAUUUUAGGUUCCACCAAGAUUUGAAUUUAGACGCAAUUUCCUUUGGCGGAGCUUCCAAAUCUGAUGCAGAAGUCAAAGAAGUAGACAACUUAGACAAGCUCCAUAAUGAUAUUCGAAGGAGCCCCAAUGAUCUCACCAAAUGGGAUAAGCUCUUUCAGCUGUUUGAGAGGACAUUCACAGUGAAAUUUGAAGGCAAGCCUGACAAAGUUUCGACCCAAUUCAAGCUCUUAGUGACAAAAACAUAUGCUUCAUUACUUUCUAGAUUUCCAUAUUUGGCUUCUUACUGGAAAUCAUGGCUGAUUUUUGCAUUCAAACUCAGUGGUACCAAAGAGUCAAUCGAGGUACUAGAGAAGUCUGUAAUUGGAUUUCCUUAUUCGGUUGAAUUAUGGACAGACUAUAUCAGUGCUUUGAUCUUAACAUAUGGGAACGAUCCAGAGAAGUUGAGUUUUAUCAGAGCCCAAUAUAGUGAGGCACUUCGUUUAAAUGGAUUAAAUUUUCUAUCUCAUCCAUUAUGGGAUAAAGUGAUUGAAUUUGAAACUGGAAUUGGCGAAAAAUCAGUUAUAGUAGGAUUAUAUCUCAGAGUCACCAAGAUUCCACUUUAUCAGUAUGCUCAAUACUACAAUAGCUUUACACAAAUCAAUAAGAAUUACGAUAUUACGGAUGUGAUACCUUCUCUUGAGUUGGCUGAAUAUGUGAAAAGAUUCAACAAGACAGAUGUUACUGAAUUGACUCUUGGUGAAAAGAAUCAAGUUGUAGAUGAUCACACUGACAUUAUCUUUACAUCGACUCAAGAACAGGUGACUGAUAAAUGGUCUCAUGAGUCGUCUAUAUUCAUUCAUGAUUUCUCUCUUGACAGGCUCGACGAAAUUGCGAAGGAAAAGGAAAUAUGGAUCAAGUACUUGGAUCACGAGAUUUCCAAGUAUAAAGUAAGCCUGGCCAUAGAUCAAUUUGAUAAUGUAGCAAAUAUUUUUGAGAGAGCACUAGUACCCAACUAUUACAAUGAAGGAAUAUGGCUCAAGUAUCUUGCUUUUAUCAACAUCCUGGAAUUGGAAGAUGAAGUCAAAUACGAGAAAGCUAAAGCUAUUUACCUAAGAGCAAUUUCAGGUUUACCAGUAGAAAGUACUGUUCUUAGAUCUUUGUACCCGAAGUUUCUUAUGAAGUACAAGCAUUUAGACAUUGCCAAGAGCUACUUAUACGAUUAUUUGAAGUUGUUUGGAGGUCGUGGAAAUAGAUACUUCAAACUGCAGUAUCUACAAACAGUCCAAGACACAGUAGAGGUUUGGGAGAAAUCAGAGAAUAGCAAAGAUUACCUUGCAAAAUUGCAGACUAUUGUUGACGAAUAUUUCUCUUUACACAAUGCAAAGUCAAUAAAAAAGGAUAGCAAGGGAGUAAAAGGUGAAUCUGCAGAUGCGUUGUUUGUUUUGAAUUUGCUUAAUGAUGAAGCUAUCACUAUAAUCACUGUUGCGUAUUUGAAGGAAUUGUAUGCUCAGACAGAUUCAGUAUCGAGAAUUAGGGAAAUGUUCAAUUUAUUAUACAAAGAAAAUGCUUUCAAAAAAUCUGUUUUGUUUUGGAAAUACUUCUUGAAUUUUGAAAGAUUACACGGACAAACCCUUCACAACUUGAGAAUGAUAAUAAAUUAUGUCAAAACUGAAACUCAACUUCCCAAAGCUAUUGUAGAUGCUUUCAUCACAAUCGAAUAUGAUAUCAUUGGCGCAAAUUUGGACUCGGCUGUUGAACAGCAUAGAGCAGGAGUCCCUAGAUCAUCAUUAGAAGAUUUAAUAAAGAAGGAUAUGGAAACGUCACUUUCCUUAAUUCGUAAUGCCUCCGCCAGAAAAAGGCUAGCCAAUUCUAAUUAUAUUGUUAAAGACGCUGAAGAUUUGAAGUCUGCUCACAAGACAAAUUUCAACAGGGAAGCAGAGCUUUUAAAGAUCACCAGAAAGCACAUUGGCCAUCCAGGAAUAUUGAUCGAUGCUAUUCCUGAUAUAACCAACAAGUUCAUGAAGGAAGGAAACGAUGUUUCUUUGCUAGACUCAAAGCUUGUUGUACCUUCGUUUCCAACAUUUAAAAAUGCCGAAAAGGCGAAUGCAUCGAUCAACUAUCCAAAAGCAUAA